AUGGAAACUGAUCCUAUGAAUGUUACAUAAAAUUAAACUUUAAAUAGGCGUCAUUAUCCAAAAGAUGUUCAAGUAACUUAAUUUGUAUGAUAAAAAGGGUUUAAAAUCGGAAUGGUAUGGUAUUGAACAUCAUCUGUAAGAGAUUGGAUAAGACAUUUAACGCAAUGAAAGAGAAAUUUUGAAUCUAAGAAAGAAGGAAUUAUUGUACCUGAUUAUUAAUUCAUUCUUUUAGGACUGAAUUGGAUCGUAAAAUGCUUGAGUAAUUGCAAAUUAAACAGAAAGAAUUGGAGUAGAAAUAUGAAGAUGCACAAGAGAUGAAAAGGCGAUAAAUGAAAUUUUAAGAAGAAUAAAAAAAAUUCUUAGAGGAUAAGGCUGUGUUGUAAAAAGGAAUAUCUUCUAUAUAUGACAAAUAAAAAUAAGAUUCUUUAAUUAGAGAAAUGGAUUUGAGACAAUAAAAAUUAGAGUGGGAAUAAUAAGCUUUGGAUGAGAAUAGAAGGAGAAUGGAAUAGGAUUUCUUAUAGAGGAGAUUAUAGAAAGAAUAAUGGGCUAAAGAAUAAGAUGCAGACCUUAAACUAUCAUAAUUGAGACAUAUGGAAGAAAGAGAAAGAUUUAGAAAUGAUUAAAUAGAAAUUCAAGAAUUGAAUAGAAGAAAUGCUGAAAAAGAAUUAAUUAAAGAGGAAAAUUAUAAAAAUGUAUCAAUUAUAAAAUUUAAUUAAUAGUUUUAUAGGCUUUGCUCUCAAAAUUAAGCUUAAUUGUAGAAAAUGCAUAUUGACAAUGUUCUUUAACCUUUAUUAGAGAGAUAAGCUCAAUUAGAAUCUUUGAUUGCUAAAAAUAUGGAUGCUUAUUAAAGAAAACUACUUCAAGAUGAAUUAGAUAGAGUAAUGAAGAGACAAGAAGAAUAUAGAUAAACACUUAAUGCUAAUAGAAAGAUGUUGGAUGAUAGAGAGUAAGGAAAAGUGUAAGAGAAGAGUGUUAAAUAAGAAUAAAAUAAAUAAAGAUUAGAAGAUGUAAUUUGAUUAUAUUAUUGUAUUAGUUGUCAAAUUAUAAUCAAUUUUUAGUUUAAAGAAAGGUUGAUUAAGUAGAAUAAUAAAGAUAAUACAAAGAAUAUCUAGAUUAAUAACGUAUAGAAAAGUAUUAAUUAUCUAUUAUUUUAGAGAGGAAUAAAGAUUGAAAUAACUGAGGAUGGGAAGAUAAGAAAAAUCAAUGAAUAUGUUGGAUUUGUAGGCAUAUAAAAAUUAAGAGACAUAAUUAAAUGCAAAGAUUAUUGGAUGGUCACCAUAAGUUGGGUAAUAUAUAUAUUUAUAAUUAAAUAGUUAAUUACCACCAAAAUAAGAUUAUUUAUUAAAAUAACAAUCUCUAGCUUAAUUAAAAUAGGAUGAAAUGAAUACAAUUAAUUAAAAUUUGAGUAAUGUUUCUCAAGUUAGUCGAGGAUAAGCUUUAAGAGGAGCAGGAUAAAAUGCAAUUCAUUAAAAUCACAAUCCCUUAACAAAUCCUAUUCCAUUUAAUAAUCAGAAUCCUUACAUAUAGAAAUAAUAUGAGUAAAUGAUUAGACCAAGACCUUAUUGA